UUCUUAAUUAUAAUUAAGCAGCUGAACUGUCCUGACAUUCUAAGAGCUGUAUUUUGAUACCAGGUGUAGUCAUCGGAAGACGGUAAUAGUUGGCCGGCGAGAAAAUUAAACAAGAGAAAUGGACAAGGAUAUUGCAAUGGCAACGGUGGCGCCCAAGGCUCCGGUGACCAGUGAAAGAAAGAUUCGAGAUGAUUUAGAAGAGAAAAUACCAAAGCCUUAUUUGGCUAGAGCUUUGGCAGCUGUUGAUUCAGACCAUCCGAAUGGAACAAUAGGACAUGAAAACAAUGGAAUGUCUGUUCUUCAACAGCAUGUAUCAUUUUUCGACUUAAACAAGGAUGGAAUCAUUUAUCCAUGGGAGACUUAUAAAGCCGGCCGUAAACUUGGUUUCAAUCCAAUCGUUGGUUUCCUGCUUGCAGCUGUGGUCCACAUACCGUUUAGUUACCCAACACUUCCAUCUUGGAUCCCGUCGCUACUUUUCCCCAUAUACAUAAAAAAACAUUCAUAAAGCCAAGCAUGGAAGUGAUUCUGGAUCUUUUGACUAUGAAGGAAGGUUUAUGCCCGUGAAUCUGGAGAACAUCUUUAGCAAAUAUGCUCGAACAGUUCCUGACAAAUUAAGCUUUGCUGAGAUCUGGCAUAUGACUCAGGAGAAUCGGGUCACAUUGGACAUCUUUGGCUGGUUAGCAACCAAAGUGGACUGGAUAGUUCUGUAUGCUGUUGCUAAGGACGAGGAAGGAUAUCUAUCCAAAGAAUCUGUACGAAGGUGUUUUGAUGGGAGUUUGUUCGAGUUUAUUGCAAAAAAGAACGAGGAAGCUGAUGGCAAAAAGCAUAGCUGAGUCGUAUUUCAUACUCUUCAAAUUUGCUUAAUUCAUUGAAAUUGCAAACUUAGUCCAACUAGGUGUAAUUUGUGACUUUUAAAAGUAAUAAUUUAUUGUGUUCCCGACAACUUAAAUGGUUUGCUAAUAACUUCUUAUUAAUAAAAAUAAAAUUAUGAG